GCGAACCAAUGGGUUCUAUAUUAAACUAGAACUCCGUGCGUCCGAGCUUGACCGAGCAAAGUUGGUGUACGCUCAGUCGUCUGGGGUUGUCCCUCGAUCGCUUCUUCUUUCUCUCGACUUUUUUAAUCGGGACACCUCUGGAGAACCAACCACCGUUUCUCGAUGAUCUUAUUCUGAAAGAGAAGAAAUCGUCUCUUAAUCGGAGACUCGUCUUUGUUACAACUAAAACUUUAAGAUCGAUGUCCUGAAAAUUUCAAUACAGUCUCGAGAACCUUCAGUUCGAGGGACAAGGAUUAAAGAGAAAAAAAGUAUUCAUACUGCAUCCAGUUGGAGUUAUCAACGUGAAGAAAACAUUCGAAGAAGUUUGAAAUUAAAUAUUUGAAGUCAGUCAAUAGAAGGAUUUUAUUUAUCCUGAUUAUCAUGAUUAAAGGAACCUUUCUGUUGCUUCUUUACGCAUCUUGCGACAUAGCUUUUGCAGCACAAUGUGGAAAGGUAUGGUUAACGGUCUCCUCCUUAUGGAGACCGAUCGCUGCAAGUGAUAAAGUCGUCGAUGCUGAAUUAGAAGUUAAUUGGGAACUGGAUUGUCCUAGAAGCACAGAAUAUCCAGAUAUCAUCAAGGUUUUCACUGCUGACCCAGUGCAUAACAAAACCAUCAGACCUAAAUUGAUCUUGUCUCCAUUGGAACAUUCAAGAGGAUAUUAUCGGACCAAUAUCACAGUCGGUCGACCUUCAUUACCAGGUGGAUGGGAUACUCCAGAUGGUGCCACUCUUCCUGGCCCUCAUUGUUUAAAACAUUACGUUGCUCUUUACAAGGACGGUGAUCUCUUUAUGAGUUCUUGCUUGCGAAUUUGGCCGACUUGGAUGUACGAUUUGAGAAGGCAACUUGGAAGACUACCAAUCGGUAGCCUGAUGAUACCCGGGACCCACAACUCAGGUUGUUACAAACACGGUGAUUUGACUAGAAGAGACGUUUUCCAACGUUAUUUGCUAACUCAGGAUCGCGACGUUUGGACGCAGUUGGUACACGGAAUACGUUACCUCGAUAUCAGAGUUGGUUAUUAUCCUCCUUCCAGACCAAACGUUACAGCAUCAGGUGAAGAAAGUAAUAGCAUCAACAGAUUUUGGGUAAAUCACGAUGUAAUAAGAAUCACACCCCUCUCAGCAAUUAUCAAAGACGUCCGGAAUUUUCUAGACGUUGCAAGAGGAGAAGUUGUUAUUAUGGAUUUUCACAGAUUUCCAGUUGGUUUCGAGGGUAGGCCGAGUAGGCAUCGUAGACUGGCAACUAUUUUACAUCGAGAAUUUGGUGAUUUGAUCUUGAAACCUGAUAGAGGUGUCGUUGGCCUUGGACCGACUCUUAACGAUAUUUGGACGGGUGCUGGACGAUUGAUCAUUUGCUAUGGUGAUAAGCAUACAGUAAAUGCUUACGAAUGGCUUUGGCCGUCGUUGCCUCAAGCUUGGGGUAAUCAGCAAACGGUGGAAGGUCUUUUCAAGUAUUUGGACGAAGUGAUAAUGGGUCCUAAAAGAUCUAGGAACAGUCCAAAUCCAUUGUGGGCCGUCAUGGCAGAAUUGACGCCAUAUCCGUUGGAUAUUAUCUUCAAACCAUCCGGUGGACUUCGACAAAUGGCUGAUGCUGUAAAUAGAAAUCUGACGGUGAAGUUUCAAGAGAAAUGGUGGAAAGAGACUAACAUCGUUGCUACCGAUUUUUUCCUUGGAAAUAAUCUCAUAGAUAUUUCUAUACAAUCGAACAUCAAAAAGAGUAACAUCGCCCAGUGGCGUUUUGAUAUAUUUUAAGAUAUAUCAACAAAUUACAGACGUCCGUUCUAAUCUUCAGAUCAAGAGAUCAAUAUCUUCGUAUCUUAUCGAAGAAAAAGUGUCUCGUUAGCAAAAAUUUAUAAUUGAUCGAUCGAGGGAACGUUGUACAGUAAUAAAUUUUUAAUCAUUGAUCGCAAUCUUUUCUUAAAAUAUACUCGUAUACAUGAAUGGUGAAUAUUGAUGAAAAAAAGAAAAAGAAUGUAAGCUGUAUUUAUUGAUCUAAUUGUCAGAAUAAAAACGUUAUAUUUGUCGAAAAUUUU